GAUUUUAUAGUAGUGGAAGGAGAAAGAGAAGGAAGAGGAAGAUGACAACUCUCCUCUUUUCUUCCAGCCAUGCUAAUCGCCCUCUUUCCUUACCUAUUUCCAACGUAGCUCCGGCGUUAUCCACGGCUCCGUUUUCACUCCUUUGUCCGCCUACUACCAAAAUCCAUCCUCCACAGUACUCAAGCUCUCAUAAGAUGAGGUUCUCUUCACAACUCAUCGUAGCGUCCCGUAGAAAUUACGAUGAUCACGACAAUUGCCAAGGAAGCUUCAACGACGCAGUCGCUCUCUUCAAUGAAGGUGAUUAUUACAAGUGCCACGAUAUUCUCGAAAGUCUCUGGUACGGUUCAGAAGAGCCUACUCGAACUCUAGUUCACGGGAUCCUUCAGUGUGCCGUAGGGUUUCAUCACCUCUUCAACCAGAAUCACAAGGGAGCCAUGAUGGAGCUGGGAGAGGGUUUAUGCAAGUUGCGAAAAUUGAAUUUUGAGAGUGGGCCUUUCCUCCAAUUCGAACAAGAUAUUUCAGCAGUUUUGGAAUUCAUUUACCAGACACAGCUAGAGCUUGCUGCCUGCAUUGAUGAUUUUUGUCUGACAAUGGAUCAAUCAGACAAAUCUUACCAGCUUCUUGGCAAUUUUGCUAGAGGACAACGUCUAUAUUCUUUACAAAGUGAUCUCAAUAAAACAGUUUUCAUUGUGUUUUCACCUGAUGAGAAAUCUUAUGAUCGUGAAGGGGAGCGACCAAGGGCUAAACUUCCCAUUCUCCGCGCAUCCGAAGAUCACCUUAUGCAGACUGAAUUUAUUCGCUACUUCUGAAGAGAGGAGAUAACUCUUUUCUGCAUGCCUGCAUUGUGAUGUAAAAUUGUAAAUACUAGAUAUACUUUUCACUUA